AUGUAUUUCUCGUCGCCCACAGCAAACAUCACACCUGCUAUGACCUCGGUGCAUAUGUCGCGUAGUGAUUCUCGCGACUCAACGUCUUCCACCAACAACAACGUCUUCUCGUAUGCACCUACGUCUGCCUACACUGCACUUCUGAGUGCGUCACCGUCGACCUCGUGGAUGACAGCACAUCCUCUAGUGCGCUCAGACAGCAAUUCCUCCACCACACCAUCUCAGACUUCCUACACGUCCUCGCCACGCACUUCAAUCGCUAUGCGUCGAGACAGCAGCAAUUCUAGUUGGCUUCCCAGCCCCUACAGAUCAUGUCAAUCGUCCUUUGGUAGCGAGCCCAACUCCUACCUCUCAGAUGAUGAUCUCUUGUGUCCUGCAGACGAGCUCUCCCUACCUGUUGAGACAAUCCCGAGCCUUUCUCCCAAGAAGGAACUCACUACCGAGGAACAAAUUGCUCUCCUCCGUGAGCUUCAGGAGAAAGAAGCGUCCCACCAUCAGCACGCAGCCGUGACGCAUGCAGAGUCGAAACGCAAGGUCGUUCGCUUUGCAAGUCACGGUGAGGCUUCCUCUAGAAGACCAAGCACUGUCAAGCGUCGACAAACAAGUCGACGUGGCUUGGCUCAACUCAAUGGACCCCAAUAA